GUCCCCCGAUUGGUGUGCCAUAGAAUCCAUUGCACGUGGCUGAGGUUGUCUUCCAAUGCGGAACAGUUUUCAUCAUUGUUUUAAUGCAAAAAGUCGAUUUUUCUUUAUUUAGACUACUGACAUCUUAAAGCAUGGAUUCAUCUCUUGGUGGCAGCGUAAAAAGGGAAAAGGUGAAAGAAGCGGCAACUGCUCUGAUUGCCUAUCACAAGACACAAAAAGAUGGAAAUGAAAUGCUGUUUGGAGAAUCAUUCAAAGUCCAGCUACAGAUGUCUGUCUGGAAGAUAACAACCAAGAAGAGUUCCACUCAUAAGAUAAAGCUACCUCACAGACCACAUGCUGGAAGCCUUAAUGUUUGUCUGUUUGUCAAGGAUGAACCAAAUAUUGACUCAGAGAGAUGCCAAGCCCUUUAUAAAGACAAACUCCAGAGUAAGGGUGUAAACAAUGUCAGUGAGGUUAUUCCUUUGAAGACGUUCAAGAAAGAGUAUAUUCCGUUUGAGGCUCGUAGGAAGAUGGCAAGGUCGUAUGAUCUCUUCUUGGCAGACGAUAGGAUCAUCCGAUUGAUGCAUUCAAAUCUUGGUAAAGAAUUCUACAAACGCAAUAAGUAUCCAGUCACAGUAAAUCUUGGAAAAACAGAUUUGAAGAAAGAGAUUACUGAGACAAUCGAUGCUGCCUAUCUAAUUCUCACCCACAGAGGGAGCUGCAGCACUGUCACUGUGGCUAAUAUUGGUAUGAGCGCCAAAGAGAUCACAGAUAAUAUCAUGUCUGCUAUCACAUCACUGAAGAAGAUUGUACCUGGAGGCUGGUCUAAUGUCAAAUCUAUCUUUGUAAGGACCGAGAAGUCUGUCUCACUCCCUAUCUACACAUCCUUAGUCCAUGAAGAAUGGGAACAGAAUGAGGUGGAAGAAAAUGUGCUUGAUAAUUCAGACAUUACGCAAAUGCAAACACAGCUGAGAUUUGAAGCAGAGGAAGCAGCAAAGAAGGGUGGAUCAGAUGAGGAUGAGGAAGGUGAGGUGCAAAAGAAGACGGUAAAAAGAAGGAAAGAAGAUUCAGUCACUCCAGGAAAGCUAGCCAAGAAAGCAAAGCAAGGAAGCAGUGGUCAAGCUAGUACUAGGAAACCAACACCAAAGAUUGGGGGAAAGAAAAAGAAAUGAACUCUACUUAGGACAGCAUAUAAUAUAAUCCCAACUAAAGAUGAACAGUUGUUGACUA